AUGGCUUCCAAGUGUCCCAAGUGCGACAAGACUGUGUACUUCGCUGAGAAGGUAAGCUCCCUGGGCAAGGACUGGCACAAGUUCUGCCUCAAGUGCGAGCGCUGCAACAAGACGCACCCCGGGGGCCAUGCCGAGCACGAUGGGAAGCCCUUCUGUCACAAGCCCUGUUAUGCCACACUGUUUGGACCCAAAGGAGUGAAUAUUGGGGGUGCUGGCUCCUACAUCUAUGAGAAACCCCCAGCUGAGAGUCCCCAGGUCACUGGCCCCAUCGAGGUUCCAGUGGCCCGAGCUGAGGAGCGAAAGGCCAGUGGUCCUCCCAAGGGACCCAGCAAAGCCUCCAGUGUCACCACAUUCACCGGAGAGCCCAACAUGUGUCCUCGCUGCAACAAGAGGGUCUACUUUGCUGAGAAGGUAACAUCUCUGGGCAAGGAUUGGCACCGGCCCUGCCUGCGUUGUGAGCGCUGCUCCAAAACGCUGACCCCUGGAGGGCACGCGGAGCACGACGGGCAGCCCUAUUGCCACAAGCCUUGUUACGGAAUUCUCUUUGGACCCAAGGGAGUGAAUACCGGGGGCGUGGGCAGCUACAUCUAUGACAAGGACCCUGAAGGCACAGUUCAGCCCUAGACCCACAGCCCCUUCUAUGGGGCAGGGCCCGCCUGUCUCCUGCCAGAUCCUGCCCUGAGGACCCCUGCUUGACUCUGUGGGGGAAGUGCCCCUGCCUCAGUGUGUCCUGCCUGCAAGCCCAGGGCUGGAGUGUUGGAGGAGGAAGCCUCUUGGGCAGUCUCCAGAGCAGCCCCUAAACCCAGCCCCGUUUCUUAGUGUCACUAAGCAUCCUGUGUCCCCCAUGGUUGGUUGUGUCUGUGUACCUCCAUGGUCCCAUGUGUCCCUGUGCCCCAGCAUUCUCUAUCCUGUGUGUCCCCAUGACCCCAGUGGCUCUCUGAGGUCACUGUCCUGUCCCUCCCCAUUGCCCAUGCCAGCUCACCAGUAUUAUUUAUGCUCCGCUUGCUGGCAAUGGCUACGCUCUCACAGCGUGCCAAGGCAGAGGUACCCCCUGCCAGGACCCUCUGCCUGGCUCUCAUACUGCCCACCUCCCGCCCCUCACAU